AUGCAGCUCUCCAAGGUCCUCAGUCUCUUCACCCUGGCCACCGCCGCCUCUGCUACCACUGUCUCCUACGACACUGGCUACGAUGACCCCAACCGCUCUCUCACCGUCGUCUCGUGCUCCGACGGCGCCAACGGCCUCAUCACCAAGUACGGCUGGAACUUCCAAUCGCAGAUCAAGAACUUCCCCUAUGUCGGCGGCGUCGAGCAGGUCGGCGGCUGGAACUCGCCCAACUGCGGUACCUGCUGGUCCGUGACCUACAAGGGCAAGACGAUCAACAUCCUGGCCAUCGACCACGCCGGCGCCGGCAUCAACAUGAGCAAGAAAGCCAUGAACGAGUUGACGGGCGGCAACGCCGAGCAGUUUGGUCGCGUGGAUGCGCAGGUUAAGCAGGUGGCUUUGAAGGCUUGUGGGCUUUAG